AUGGAGACUGAUUCACUGCUUGGCCGCGAGCGGGAGUAUGCGGAGGUGCACCGCUUUAUUGAGGAGCGCCUGCUGCUGGUGCACUGCAAGGCACUCUUUGUCUUCGGUGCCUGUGGGUGCGGCAAGACGUCCACAAUUCUCCGCGUGAUGCGCCGCGUGACGCACCGUCCGAUGGCAUGCGACAAGGCGGUAGGCCGCGCUAGCUGCGGCAGCAGCAGCAGUAACAGUAACAAUAGCUCUGGUGGCAACUCCCCCGCAACGACUGCGAAGGGGCGACAGGCAGCGAAGCGGCGGCGUGAGCAUGAAUCCGAGACUGAAAACAACAACAACGACGGCGCCGCCGCCGCCGCCGCCACCGCUGAAGGCCGGAUGUCUGUCGGAAGCGCCGCGCCGCUUCCGAACCCCCUGGUGAAGGGACGCCGUGUGCAGUGCCACUACGUCAACUGCGCGGACAUGACCGCGCAGCAGCUGUGUGACGCCGUUGCGUCCAGCGUUCGCGUCGCCCAGCCUCGCCCCGACGCGCACACGCGGUUGUUGUUGGGCCAGAUAGAGGCGCUCCCGCAGCAGGU